UUGUUGUCAAAAUAAAAUUCAGGUUUUCGUCACAUCGUAGUUGUCGUAACAACGCAGCCAUUCGUAGAAUUCGUCGUGGUUGAUUUUUUUUGAUAUUUCCAAAGGAAAAAGCAAGACUGUCGUGUGUGUUAAAAUCGAAAAGUUUUCAAAUUUAAAUCAAAUUGCAGUGGCUCGUUGAAAAUAUUGUGUUAAGCUAUUUCGGACAGUACUGAAAAUUUUGUCCAGGUGCCAAAAUCUUAGUUCUAUCCUGUAAUUGACUAGACCAGUUUUGUUGAAAUUGUUUGCGAAAUAAUUUACAAAGGGGUGAAAAACGCUCCUUUCAUAGAAGUGUGAUCUCUAAUAAAGUUUAAGUGUAUGAUUCGUUGUAAUUUGUAUCUUCAAUCACAUCUCUGAUCAGGGACACUAGUAAACAGUUUGCUCGAUAGUGAUUCAUCCGCAAUAUAUCAGAAGCAGCUGCAGAACAGUAGCCUCAAGCAAUAGCAAUAGCUGUGCGAGUAAAGAUGUCUUCGCAGCCGUCCAGUUCAGCAGUUCGGGCUUUAUCACUGGAAUACAAAAGUCUCCAGGAGGAACCAGUGGAAGGAUUUCGUGUAAAACUUUUGAACGAAGAUAAUUUAUUUGAAUGGGAAGUGGCUAUCUUUGGUCCGCCCGAUACUCUCUAUCAGGGUGGUUAUUUCAAGGCCCAUAUGAAAUUUCCUCCAGACUAUCCGUAUUCACCACCAUCUAUAAGGUUCUUAACUAAAGUUUGGCAUCCAAAUGUGUAUGAGAAUGGCGAUCUCUGCAUCUCAAUUUUGCACCCACCAGUGGACGAUCCACAGAGCGGCGAACUUCCUUGCGAACGAUGGAAUCCAACGCAAAAUGUUAGAACUAUUCUGCUGUCCGUGAUCUCAUUGCUGAAUGAGCCAAACACCUUUUCCCCGGCGAAUGUUGACGCUUCGGUUAUGUACCGGAGAUGGCGGGAUUCACAGGGCAAAGACAACGAGUAUCCUAAUAUCAUUAGAAAACAAGCACAAGCAGCUAAGGCUGAAGCGGAAAAAGAAGGUAUUAUCGUACCGACAACACUAGAGGAAUACUGCAUCAAAUCCAAGACGAAACCUAGCGGUCAGGAACCACAGCUCGAUAUGACAGACUUUUAUGACGAUGAUUAUGAUCUAGACACCGAGGAUGACGAUCAAGCGUCGGUGGAAUCGUUUGCCGAUGGAGAUGAUAGCGGCAACGGAGAAUCAUAACAGACCAACUGAGCUAGUGUUAAUUCUGUUUAAUUUACUUUGCAUAGUUAUAAUAAAAAAAAACUGGCGAAUGCAAACAAAAGAAUGCUAAAAAUAUGAAAAAAAAAACUUGAUGAAUGAUGUAGUUGCGCAUUGCAACGUCUAUCCUGCUGUAGCUUUUGAAUCAUUAGAGCGCAAUCAUUGAGCAGCAUGUUUUGUUAUAAUUUGCUUAAUAACUCUUUUACAAUUUGAAAUUCAAACAGUUCUAUACACAGAAAAGAUUGGAACAAAUGAUCAAAAUCAAACGCACGUAUUGUUUAAAGCUUAUUGACUGUUCUCAAUCUCCGCUGAUUUGCGUUUCGAAAGCAUCGUAAAGUUUACUGUAAAUAAAUAAAAAUAGAAAUUGGACUGCAUAACGGAUUGCAUCGGUAGUCCCAUCCACAGCCGUAUAUAUGUAUUGUAAAUUCGAAAAGUUUUUUUUUUAUAUUUCGAUGAAUUUGCAGAUGUGAUUUUAUCGGAAAUUAUCGGUUGCUGUAGUAGAAGUAGCGGUCGCUGUAAGGUUAAAUAGUGCUCGCAGCAAAAAAUCAUCACAUACACCAAUAGCAAGAAUCACACUAAUACAAAAAUGAAACCGUUAAACGGAUAUUUCGCCACUCCUGGCGGUUAGUUUCAUUCCUUGUGACUACUUCGAAAUGCGUACUUUGUGUAAUAUUCUUUCUUCUACUCUCCUGGCAAAGUCUAGCAUCUCACCUGUCCAUCUGUGUAAAGUAUAUUUAAUUUUCGAGCAGAUUACCAGCAACAAUUUUAACAGAAACAAGUUUCCCGCUUCUCUUCACGAAUAGUGCAGCGAAUUUUCGAAGCAAUAUAUAGUGAUAAAUCGUUCAUGAAAGUAUAUUUAAAUAAAGCAGCAGUGUCAGACAUAUUACAUUAUAACAGAGUUGCUACACGUAAGCCCAGCUAAUUAUCUCAAUCUUUUCUCUCAUAGUGAGUAGCGUUAAGAUAAGAUCGCGUACAGCCAAGUUAAAAAGAAAAUAACUAUGUUCAAGCGGUACUUUGAUUUUGUCAACUUUUUUUUUUAAAUUUUAUUUUUGUAAACAUGUGUAGUGUAUACUUAUUGAUUUUACAUAACCAGAAAAUAUAAGGAAUUUAUUUUAUUUUUACAUACAAAAAAGAA